AUGAACUACAAGGGGCUCCUCGUCGCCGUCUUCUAUGGUGCGUCAAGCCGCGUAGGGCGGGCCAGCAGCAAUCUCAAAGAGGCUCCGCUCUGCUCUGCCAUGCUCUGCAACCUUGGUGGCUUCCCCCCUGUGUGCACGCCCACCCAUUGCCCCUCCGAUCCCCCCCACUUCUCUCACCCCUCAAUCACGCUUCCCAUUCCCCUCACUCACCCCUCGCCCCCGCCCCCCCCUCUCCCCCCCCCUGCAGGCGGCAUGUCGGUGGCGGCGGUGUUUGUGAACAAGGCGAUAUUCCGCGUGUACCGCUUCACCUUCCCCUACACGCUCGUCUUCUUCCAGACGCUCUUCACGCUCACGCUCCUCGCCGCCAUGCGCCUCUCCCGCGCCAUCCGCCUCGCCCCCUUCCGCCUCUCCGUCCUGCGCCGGGUACGCCCUCUGCCCCCUGCCCACAGGCGGCCCUUGCCCACAGGCGGCCCAUGGGCAUGGGCCGGGUGUUCGGGGUUCUGGGCAACAGAGGGAGAUGUGGCGCUGCUGUCGUUCGCCUUCCUGCUGAAGCUCCUCCUGGACAUGGCAGCGCUGUCCCGGGUGAACAUCCCGAUGUACGGGGUGCUCAAGUCCGCCACCACGCCCUGCGUGCUGCUGCUCGACUACCUGCUGCGCGCCAAGCGCGCCUCCCUGCGCGUGCAGCUCUCCGUCUACAUGACCGCGCUGGGAGGCGUCAUAGCGGGCACGGGCGACCUCACCUUCGACCUGCCGGGGUACGUGCUGGCGCUGUCGUCCGCACUGGCGACAGCGGCGUACGUGGUGAUAGUGGGGAAGCUGGGCGAGGAGCUGCAGCUGGACUCGUUCACGCUGCUGCUCUACAACAACUGCUGGUCGCUGCCCUUCUCCUUCCUCCUCCUCGCCCUCAACGGCGAGCUGCCCGCCGUGCAGAGAGUGCUGCAGUCACGAGACGCCAUGUUCCUGACGUGCUUCGUGCUGUCGUGCGCCUCUGCCUUCGUGCUCAACCUCGCCACGUACCUCUGCACGCUCGUCAACGACAGCCUCACCACCAGCAUCGUCGGGCGCACCAAGUCCAUCCUGCAGGGCCUGGGCGGCCUCUUUGCCUUCGGGGAUGUGCUCAUGAGCGCAACGAACGUGGUGGGGUUGCUGGUGAACAGCUUGGGCAUCGGGUGGUAUGCGGUCGAGAAGUAUCUCGAGGCACGGCGCCGCUCGCACCACAUACUCUCCCCGGGGCAUGCCCGCGAUGGCAAGGCCACCAUCACCCGCGACGGCUCCCAGCUAUCAUUGGUGUUCAACGAGGUAAAGACAGAAGAUGCCGACCAACCAGACCCCCGCAACGGCUCUGUGUGA